ACGUGGUACAGGGAGGGGGAGGGGGGGUUCUCAAGGUCACGUGAGGCUGAGAGGCUGCCCCCUUGAGUCAAACAGGGCAAAGAAAGUGUGAGCCUGAGAAGUUUCUUUCUCCAAGAUGUCUGCUUUGUGGUGGUCCAUUGCGUUUCUUCCUCUCUGGACUGUCCUCCCAGUUACAGCCGGGCUGCCGUGCGAGGCGCAGAGUUUCGGCUGGACCUCCGCGGUCUGCGUGUGCAACGCCACGUACUGUGACACCAUGGAGCCCGUGGUGGUGCCCGCCAAGGGUCGCUACCUCCUGUACGAGACCAGCAGGGCCGGGAAACGACUCCAACUCACGAGGGGGCUGGUCCAGCCCAGCGCCAAAGGCCAAGACUUGCAGCUGACACUGGACCUGAGGAAGAAAUACCAGUGGAUAAAGGGAUUUGGUGGCGCCAUGACGGAUGCCGCCGCCAUCAACAUCCUCUCCCUCUCUCCUGCUUCACGAGAAAACCUCCUCAAGUCCUACUUUGGUGACGAAGGGAUCGGAUACAACGUGAUCCGUGUGCCGAUGGCCAGCUGCGACUUCUCCACACGCGUGUACACGUAUGAUGAUCAUCCCGGCGACCUGGGUCUGAAGCACUUCAGCCUGGCUGAGGAGGACACGAAAAUGAAGAUCCCGCUGAUCCAGGCAGCCAUCAGGUUGUCCCGGCGUCCCGUGUCGCUGUUCGCCAGCCCCUGGACCUCUCCGGCCUGGAUGAAGACCAGCAACUCCACCAUCGGGAAGGGCACGCUGAGAGGCAGCCCGGGCGGCCCCUACUACAAGGCCUGGGCCAACUACUUCAUCCGCUUCCUGGACGAGUAUUCCCGCCACAACCUGACCUUCUGGGCGGUGACGGCAGAGAAUGAGCCGUCGGUGGGCCUGUUCACCGGCUACCGCUUCCAGUGCCUGGGCUUCACGCCGGAGCUCCAGAGGGACUUCAUCGCCCGGGACCUGGGCCCGGCCCUGCGCAGUGGGCCCCACCGCAGCGUGCGGCUCCUCAUGCUCGACGACCAGCGCCUCCUGAUGCCCCACUGGGCCUCCGUGGUGCUGGGAGACCCGCAGGCCGCUCGCUACGUGGACGGGAUCGCGGUGCACUGGUACCUGGACGCCAUAACACCCGCGGACAAGACCCUGGGCACCACCCACGCCCGCUUCCCGGAGUACUUCAUGUUCGCCACGGAGGCCUGCACGGGCAGCAUGCCCUGGGAGCACUUGGUGCAGCUGGGCAGCUGGGAGCGAGGUGCCAAGUACAGUCACGACAUCAUUCAGGACCUGAACUACUUUGUCACGGGUUGGACUGAUUGGAACAUGGCCCUGGACUUGGAGGGGGGGCCGAACUGGGUGAAGAACUUUGCCGACAGCCCGGUGAUUGUUGACCGGAAGAAGGACUUGUUCUACAAGCAACCCAUGUUUUACCACAUGGCCCACUUCAGUAAGUUUAUUCCGGAAGGUUCCCGGCGAGUGGGUCUGGAUGUGAGUGAGGAGACGGGGCUGGAGACGGUGGCCGUCCUGCAGCCCGACGGGACGGCUGUCCUCACCGUGCUGAACUGGACCCCCAAGAACAUCGACUUCUGGAUCCGGGACCCCGAGGUCGGCUUCAUCCCCGGCCACUCCCCUGCCGACUCCAUCCAGUCCUACAUGUGGAAACGCAAGUGAACGAACCGUCCUCCUCCACUGCCGUAAAAACCUCACCGGCACCGGGUCGACCGCCGAGCCUCUCCGCCCCGAAUCUGCAGAAUCCACGGGCGCUGCCUGCCUGACCCGCUGAGUGUUUCCGACCCUCUCUGAUUUUAUCUCGGGUUUCUGGCGACUGCAGGUUUGUUUUUUUUUUAAACACGAUAUUUUAAGGUCGAAGGUAGACAGAAAUGCUGGAGAAACUCAGCGGGUGAGGCAGCAUCUACGGAGCGAAGGAAUAGGUGACGUUUCAGAGGCCAUCGAGAGUCAUGGAGUGAUACAGUGUGGAAACAGGCCCUUCGGCCCAACUCGCCAACACGCCCCAUUUACACUAGUCCCACCUGCCUGCGUUUGGCCCAUGUCCCUCCAAACCUGUCCUAUCCAUGUACCUUGUGGACAAAAGUGCUGGAGAAACUCAGUGGGUGGGGCAGCAUCUAUGGAGCGAAGGAAAUAGGCAACGUUUCAUAGAAACAUAGAAAUUAGGUGCAGGAGUAGAGGCCAUUCGGCCCUUCGAGCCUGCACCAGCACCGCCAUUCAAUAUGAUCAUGGCUGAUCAUCCAACUCAGUAUCCCGUCCCUGCCUUCUCUCCAUACCCCCUGAUCCCCUUAGCCACAAGGGCCACAUCUAACUCCCUCUUAAAUAUAGUCAAUGAACUGUGUGGCCUCAACUACCCUCUGUGGCAGAGAGUUCCAGAGAUUCACCACUCUCUGUGUGAAAAA